CGCCCAAGCUUCACAACUCAGAACUCCCAAUCUCUCUCUCUGUCUCUCCUUCUCUCCUAUCUCUUUGAGAUUACCGGAACUUCUCCUGCAUAUUCGUUUCCGUUCCGAUCAGUCGGAUCGACUAGGGUUUCAUAUCUCCGCCAAGCGGUUGAGACUCACAGGCAUCUCCUCAAAUGAAGCUGAAGCUCAACAGAGCGUGUGAUCUCAGCUCCAUUUCCGUCCUUCCUCCGCAUUCAAGCUGUGGAAUGUUGAGAGGUUUCCUCGAUCGCCGCCGUCCGUCUUCUGUUUUGCUCCUUCCUUGUGUCGUCUUAUCACGUGCUGAUGCAAUUUUUUGCCGUCGCGUUGCUGAUAUGAAGGAGAAUGAGCGGAAUUCAACCUGGAUCACAGCCAUCGCAGCUUAGGUCGCAGCCUUCGCAACAAUCGUUUCCACAUGGAUUUUCAUCGCAGCAUGGCGUCUUCUCUCAGCUAUCUCAGAAUUCCCUGGAUGAAGCUUUCACCAUCGAUCAGAGACUUAAUUCGCAAGAGGAGGACAACCGUGUGAAGAAGGCUUCGUCACUCCCUCCAACAAGACGUAAUUCACAAGAGCAGGAUAACCGUGUGAAGAAGGCAUCGUCACUCCUUCCAACUAGCGAUGUGCACGAAGAGAGUCAGUUUCCAAUCACGAGAUCUUCUGGCAAUCUAAUGAGAAAAUGGAGUCAUGGCUCCGAGGCAGAAUCCAAAUGCCAUAUGAGCCAAGAGCUUGAGCGCCGCCUUGGAACUAUGGAGAACUCAUUAAGCAAAGUUGGCAUGAUGUUGGAUUCUGUACAAAGUGAUAUUAUGCAAUUAAACAAAGGGACAAAAGAAGUGCUGCUGGAGAUGGAAGGGAUACGGCAGAAGUUACUUGCCCGUGACACUUCACUGCUGACAAUGGUAACAGAACUUACGAACAAGGGACUUGGAGAUGUCAAAUCUACUUUGGAUGGGAGCUUGAAAUCUAUGUCUGAGAAACUCGAAAAGGAUGCAUGGCAGAACAGAAUUGAUGAGAUAUUCUUUCUUUUAUCUGCCUUACCUGGACAAAUGGCUGACUCUCAACUGAAACUGCAAGAUCAGCUUCGUGCAACUUGCAGGCAGGAAAUUCAGGUAAACAUACUGUUCUUUCCCCCUCCCCCUCCUCUUCCUCUCAUGAAAAAGGAGUGCAAUGAUCUGCAGCCUGAGGACACCAAACCUGGAAAAUCCAUGCCUUGCUUUGCUUCCACCAAAGGAUGCUGGCACUCCUUCCCCUCUGCAAAGAAAGCCAGGGACAGUCGAGAUUACUCUUUUAACUCCAAGUUCUUUGCCUCAAGCAGUCAAGGCGUGGCCCCCAAGGUUUCUGCUCAAGCAACUGAUUUUCCAGGGGAGGAAGCCCUAGGAUGGAAAUCCAUUAAGAAGGGAGGAAAUACAAAAUCAAGGGGAAGACGGCAAGAGGAGCAGAAGCAUCAACUUGUUUCUUACAAUGAACCAGCAUCCAGAAAGCAGGAAAGAAAUGACAGAAUCAGCAUUGAUUCGGAUGAGGAGAUUGAUGGAGGGCUGUCCUGCCUAAUCGACCCAAAGGAACCAGGCACUGGAGACUAUAUGAUGGACGAAGCAAAGGAAGAGACAGAACGAAUACUGAGGAGAGCAAGAAGGAGAAAGAGGAAAUCAUGUGCUCCUAUCCUUAUAGACUGAUGGAUAUGCUGAUAUUGGUACACCCCUGGCUCUUUGCUGUUUCUGCCUACUCUUCAGAUAACGGUAACUGUAAGAUAGAUUGAGGAGUUGUUCAGUUGUCUACUAGGGGAUUCGGAGCAAAUGUGCUGGCCACCAUAUAUACACAUUCUGUUGGACAGUAAGAGUUGUGACUUGUAUAUGCUACUCAAACUCAUCUUAAGGGUCUAUCUAGUACCUUAAUUUUUAUUUUCUUACAUUUAUGGGUUUAUUAACUCCUUCACUUCAGUUCAAUAUUGGAGUAAGUUGGUCCAACUCCAAUAGAUUUAGAACCAUUUUGGGAAGGGGAACAAUUUUUUUGUUCUGUGAUCGGUGUAGCAACUAAAUUAGUCCGAGUUAAGUUUACCACGUGAGAUUUUAAAUACGAUAUGAG